AAACGGAUGUUGCCGUGACAACUUCCUUGGUAACAAGAAGCUUGUACGUUUUAUGGAGGAUGUGUCGCAUGUUUAGCUAACUUGAAAACAUUUCAUUGAGUCACUUAAAUAUUUAUUUAUUGUUUUAGUGUACUUUCAUGAAUCUGAAGUUGUAAAGAGUAACGUUAGAGAAGUAAAUCUCGGCUAACUAUUUACCGCGCCAUGUCUCUUUGAGGAGAUGAAUUCCCACCAGUGGUGCAUUUCAGUCCAGAUAUUUCUUGUCUUGUGUGGACGUUUGGCUCAAGCAGCCACAGACUCAACCGUCAGUGCCAGCCCAACAACUGAGGGGCCUUUCAGCUCAGCAACCCCUGCUCCUGGGUUCACGGAGGCGGCCACAGGCGGCCUCGAUGUCGGUACCGCUGAGACUGCAACCACCGAACUGACGACGUCUGACGCUCCCACUGUGGUCACUGAAGCUCCGUACGCAACCACCGUCCAACCUGUACUGCCUCAAGACGCUUGUCUCUGUGAUUUAACCCCCGAUUUCUGUGACAUUGGCUGCUGCUGUGACACAGUUGAUUGUGGUAUUGCUAACCUGAGUACUGUCUUCACUGGAUGUCCACAGAAAGUCAUAUCAGGAGUUUGCAUCGAGAAAUGGCUGAUAUUCAGAGCCAACGUGGAUUCAUCUUUUGUCACUGAGACUGACUCUUUGUUUUGUGUUCAGCCUGAAGAUAAUGCACCUCAGUCUCUCCCAGCUCUGCUUCAGUAUUCGGCUUCAGGGGACUCGUACCACUUCUCACCACCAGAACCUACAAGCAGCAGCCACACCAGAGAUUUUUACAGGGCUGAUGAUGUCAUCCAGACGUUUUUCUCCAACUCGUCUGUGCGGGGUCUCCUUCGUCAGCCGUCUCCAGGGGCUGCAGCUGCACUCUGUAUCAACCGCAACCCUGCAAAGUUCUUGAGGUCUGUGUCUCUGUCUUGUACCCGCAUGUUGACUCCUCAGUCGUGCACCACAGACCCAAACCUCAACGCCCGCUCCUACUUCUCUGACCUGAGUCUGAUCAAGAUUCCGAUAGCUGAGACGGCACAAGUGUCAGACUUUCUGAUCCCGGUCACUAAGCUGUCUGACUGGCCUGCACCAAGUAAACAAAACAACUCCUGUAUUAAUGUGGUGAAAAAGGUUGAGUUUGUCAUAGGUUACACAGGCAGAGGGGAACUCUCAUAUGCAACGGUCAAUGUCGUCUUAGCUGACGUGGAUCCCAAUCAGUCGCUGCUGCAGACGCAUUCUAUACAAUUCCAGCUGGCAACACCCAGCCCUACUCCAGGAGGACCGAGCCCUGCAGGCGGACUUAGAGCGGGAUCUCCUGUCAUGGGUCGCUUUGCUGAAGCGGUGAAGCCACUGACCACACUGGGGGUCUCACAGGGCGGCGAGUGUUCCUCUGACCCCAGCACACGAGCAGCCAUCCUCUUCACACACAACACCGUCAGUGGCUGCACAUUCAGUUCUCCCUCUAGUGACUGUUCAGAGCUGCAGUCCCAGAUUUACUGGGUCUUGCAGGAACUCACUACUCCCGAUGCCAUUGCCAUGAACUCGGGCUCCCAACCGGACUGGACGAGAGUCAUCACCCAGGAGUGUCCUGUCAGCUUUCAGGAAACAUGCGAAUCAGGCUGCAUCCUCCCCCACUCUCUCUCUAUUCGAGUGCUUUGGGCUCGCCAGGGCCCACUUGACCUUCCCCAGAGCUACAUCCUGGGAGCCAAAUAUCUUUUCCAGUGUGGUCGUUUUAAGUGUCCUAUAGCGUCCCCUCUCGCUCUGACCACCGAGGUGACGUUCGUCGACACUACAGUUUACCCAGAACCCCCCAGAGGCUUGCCUCAGCCUAACUGGAAGUUUCCAUUUGAUUUCUUCACUAGAGGCACUGCUGAGCUGGACCGGCACACUGUUAACAACGGCAGUGACACUGAGAAGGUCACAUGGAGUUUAAUGCUGUUCACAGUAAUGUUGCUAAGAGGAUUAGAAUUCUUCAGUAGGUAGAUGGAUUAUAGGU